AUCUGCGUUUGAUAUCAUUUCCCCUUCAAGGUCGAUCCCCGUGACUAUGCUAUUGUUCGUUUGCUGGGCGAUGUCAAAAUGCUAGUCUGGCUUGCUCGAUGAUAUGGAAUCUUCAAACCACGAUGUACCGUCUGUACAGGACCUCCUACGCGCCGGGGAGCCAUUUGUCCCCUUUUCCGAGUACCUUGCCCAGGAUAUAUGCCUUCUACAUGACGAGACCACCGGGUUGAUUGACAACAAGCUGCGCGAGGGUAAGCCUUUCGUUAUUCGAGGGCUUACUCGGAUGAAGGAAUGGGAUCGGUCCGUCUUGAAUAAUGAAAGCCUGGGCGCCCUUUCACCUUCAGGAGGUAUGUUUGAGAAAACGGCGGGCAGGAGCCAACUCUUCUUAUUGACAACCUUUGUUGCAACAAGCAAUCCCUGUGAGGAACUGCCAUACAGGGCGAGAUGUCAAGAUGCGGCUACGGGAUUUACUGUCGCAGACCAGCCAGCCCAGUACCAGCAACCCCCGAGAGUUUCUAUACGCGAAAGACCUCCAAUGUCCUAGAGAAUGGGUCGCAGCCUUGGAAGCACUCUUACCUGUCCCUCUAAGGCAUCUGGGCUCUCUCGACCUAUUCCGAACGCUGCCAAAGGAGGUUGCCCCGGAAGUGCUGAUGGCUUAUGUCGGAACUCGGAAGUCUUUCUCUGGAUUUCACAGAUGCUUUAGUGGAACCGUUGCGCUGAACCUUCUCGUGGAGUCCGAAGGUACUGGGUCUGGCUCGAUUUGCUUCGGAACCGACAGACACUCACAGGUUCAAUACGAUGCUUAUAUGGAGGAGCUCGGAAAGUCACCCCACACCGACUGGGCCAAUAUCUCGAUCGCACAGUUGAAGUCCGCGAAGUUCCCGAUCUACGUCACCAGCCAGGAGCCAGGAGACUUGGUCGUGUUUCCUUCUACCACUGCCCACCAGGUUUGGAACACCAGUUCGAUGGUGACAAAAGUCGUCUGGAACCUUAUGCAUUACUCCUCACUGGCAUCCUUCUUUGAUUAUGUCCAGCCUGUUUACCAGAGGCAAUGCCAUGCGGACACUGGUCGAGUUCCUCUGAUACCGCUAUAUGCACUGACCAGAGGUUCUCACAACGCGGAAGAUGAAUCGCUCCUCCUGGACGUUUUUCGGCAGCUGAUUGAUGACGAAGACCUGGGAACCGAGCCAACCGUUCCGAUUAAACAUAUUGACCCCCAAGGAGCUGUGGUUGAAUGCAACUUCUGCGGGUUGACGAUCUGGAACCGACAUCUACACUGCGAGGAGUGUGGUGACUUCGAUUUGUGCUUGACCUGCUUCGUCUCCGGACGCAGCUGCAAGCAUGUCGCUGACUACGCCUGGGCUGAGUUACUUUCACGCGAAUCCUGCAGUAAGAUCCUCCAAGAGACUCGGAAACCACCGCGUAGUACAUUGCCUCCAAGGCCCAAAAGCUCACAACAGAAGACUUUGGGGGCCUUAGCCGUCGCUGCAGUAGAUGCAAGGAAGCAAUCCGUGGAACGCCUGUGCCACUUGUGUCGUGAUAGCCAUUCGACCUGGAAGGGGUUAGCCUGCUCUCAGUGCUCGGCCUUUUUCUGCUUCCGUGGACUGCAUAGGCACUUUGAUGUGGACUUGAUCCCAUUGCUUCGAAAGACUGAACCUUGGAUCUGUCCCAAGUGCUCCCAGUUUUGCAAUUGUCGAUGCUGUCACUUCCCACAGCCCUACAACAGUCAAGACAAACCGGCGCGACCUCGGAUCAAACCAGUUGACCCUCGUGGGCGCGUCAUGGGGUUUCUGGAUAAUGUGUUUGAUCAGAAGAGAGGAAAAAGAGCGAGCGCGGUUGCCCAUAGCGCGUCACCGCAGUCUGGGCAGAAACGGCCGAGGCUUCUGGUGGAUGAUGACAAAGUGGACCCAACACCACGAGGUGCAUAUGCUACUUUUGUCAAUCUCGGUGCCUCUGAAACAAGAGCCCCAGAAACAAGCAAAACCCGUGUCCCAGACAUUAUUCAGUCGCAGCACCCGGCCGAUCCCAGUUCGUCGCGAGGUCUCGGUCCGAUAGGACAGCUUCGCAUCAGCGAUCUGGUCGAGAAGCAUCGCCCCGGUGAAGCUGGACAUGAUCGAUCCCCUGUACCAUCCCUGACGCCAGAGGAUGGCACAUUCCGACGAUCUAGAGAGGCGGCAAGCGUUCCGCCCGUUUCAGACGACGUCAGCAUUGUCGAGCUAGAGGAAAAACUGCAAAAGCUUGGCCAACAUGCCAACGGUCUCUUGGAGCUUUCCCUCGUGGAGUCGCACGCCGCGCUCCUUGAGAAAAUCGCUCAGCUGCAGAGACAGAUCGACAAGCGACGGAAGGCGGAGGCGCUCUUUGACAAUCUCGACCGGGAUUUCCCAGACCUGGCCAGUAUUGCCCGAGAGGAAGCGCGACGGCGAGGAUUGUGAGUUUCUAGCUGGGAGGAAUAGAGUGUAGAUAA